AUGGUUAAAGCUCAGCAGAACCCAACUGUUUCAAUCACUCAAGGAAGCCCACUUCCUCUAGUCAACCUUGGAAGCCCUAAUGAUCUACCAUCUAGUUCUUCCAAGCCCAAGUCAUCCAAAUCCAAGAUGGAUCAGUCAAGCAAGUCAAAGCCCAAAUCUGAUAAAUCCAAGUCAGCUCAGUCAAAGCCCAAAGUCAAACCUGGAUCAUCCAGUGAUCAACUGCUUCAAAUGGCCCAUCUCUUGAUAUGUGGCGGCAUGGUGGUGGGCAGCAACAGUGGUGAUAGCGAUGAUGAUGGUGGUAAUGACCGUGGUGAUGGUGAUGUGGUGGUGGAGGUAAGAGCGACAAUGAUGGUGUGUUGUGUCACUUAUGGGGCUGUGGAGGUUGACUCAUCAAUGUCUAGACAGAAGCAAUUGGAAGUUGAAAGGAAACUAGAACUUCUCAAUAAACAUGCAGUGAAAAGCAUUAAGAGUGAAGAUGGGGACAUUAUCGAUUGCAUUGACAUAUACAAACAACCAGCUUUUGAUCAUCCUGCCCUACAGAAUCACACAAUCCAGAUGACACCAAGUUACGAUCCAACGAUGGAAAGGACAAUUGCGACAAAGAAAACAUCAAUAGAGAAAAAGAAGGGAGACUCUGCAGUGACGGUGACAUCACAGUUAUGGCAGAGAAGUGGAAGCUGUCCAGAGGGCACAAUCCCUAUCCGAAGAACACGAAAGAAGGACCUGAUUAAAGCACAUUCAGUGGAAGACUAUGGCAGGAAGAAGCCCAGAUUUUCACAACACAUUGAUGACACCAUAGAUUCAUACCUUCAACUAGCAAACCACUCGGAGGCAAUAUUGAUAGCAGAAGGGUUCAGCUAUUCAGGGGCUAAAGGAGAUAUAAAAGUUUGGAAUCCUUUUGUUGAAUCUGAUGAUGAGUACAGUACUUCCCAAGUUUCUUUGAAAAAUGGCCCUUACAUGAAGUAUGAAGGCAUUGAAUCUGGAUGGGCUGUAAAUCCGAGUGUGUAUGGAGACAGAAAAACUCGAUUAUUUGUGUAUUGGACUGCAGAUUCAUCACAGAGAACAGGAUGUUUUGAUCUAACCUGUCCUGGUUUUGUUCAAACAAACAGUGAGAUUGCUCUUGGUGCUGCAAUCUAUCCAAUCUCAGUCACUGGAGGCCUCCCUUUCGAAAUCACUCUUUACAUCUUUAAGGAUCCCAACACCAGCAACUGGUGGGUGCAAUAUGGAGAGACAAUCAACAUAGGCUACUGGCCACCUUCUCUCUUCACUUUGUUAAACCACCAUGCCCAAACAGUUCAAUGGGGAGGUGAAGUUUACAGCUCCAAGCUAGGAAGAACUCAUCCCCACACUAAAACAAACAUGGGCAGUGGACACUUCCCCGACUACUUCAGCGGUAACUCUGGUUGUGUGAAGAGGAUACGCGUUCAACAGAAUUCUCUGGACUUGAUGUUUCCGCCAUGGGUCGAGACUUAUGCUGACGAAUAUGAUUGCUAUGAUGUUUUUUAUCUGGGAGAUUAUGUUGAUGAUCCUGAGUUUUACUAUGGAGGGCCUGGGAAAUGUUACAAGUGCCCUUAAGGACACUCCUGAUGUUGGCAACAGGAUUGGUUUUUUUUUUUUUUCCUUCUGUUUUUAUGAUUCGUUAUGCACCCAUAAAAUUGUUGGACACUCUACUUCUCAUAAUUCAUAUAUUUAUUAAUAUCAUUUUACCAUUGCGUCAAAUUAUCCAAAGGGACAACCUAAAAUCCAUUUCACCAUCUUCUCUUCUUCCGACCUCCAUUGGCACGAACUCCAACAGCCACACCAACCUCCUCCCCAGUUCCCACCACCACCACCCAGUUCCUCCCCACCCCUGGCUGCCACCCCCACAACUCUUGCCCCUCGGCGCCCUUCCAUGCACCUCCCCAACUCCCCUCGUGACCCCACAACUCUCGCAGCCACCUACCCCCUCAACUCAACCACUGCCCCCAUGAUCCCACACCCCUGCAGCCCUCUGUCGUGUGUGCGAGAGGGAGAUAGAUCUAGGGUAGAAAAAGCAGAAGAAUAAGGAGAGAUCUCUAGGUUUCAAAAGAAGUCACAGUGAGGUGGUUCGCACUGGAAGGAGGAGGUAUAGGAUGGUUUUGGGGAUAGGGAGGGAAGGGUUAGGAUUUGAGAGGAAGAGAAGGAGAGGGGGCGACGUGCAACAGGAGGGAAGGCAAAGGGCUGGGAGGAUGGGGAGGGGAGGAGGGGGAAAGCAGCGGCAGAGGUAGAUGGGGGCAGGGAUUGGAUUAAUUGGAGGGUUCAAUGGAAAACAGAAAAAUUCAAAUGUUAAAAGGAAUAGGUAUCCAACAAUUUUAAUGGGAGGCAUUGAAAGGCUCCCGUGUGCUCACACCACGUAGUAGGAUAUAAACCAGACUUGCUAGAUAAUUUCUCCCAGUACUUGUUUUAACUGCCAAUACAAAGUGAAGCAAAACUGCAAAACUGCAAAACAAUCAAAAUGCAGUAAUGGAGCAGAACAGUGUCAUUUACAAAUAUAGUCGGAUCUCAAUUUUUAGUGGAAAAAUAUUUGAGAUUCUAAAAAAAUAUUUACAAUUCUACCCACAAUAAUGUGG